AUGAGCGUCGAAACCCACCAACCGACGCCACUAGACCCUAUAUCUGAAUUCCGCGUAUGGCAAGCCCUAACGGUAUUCUACACAGCGCUUCUAAACCGCCAAAUCCGCCGCCGCUGGACCCUCGAAAAGCAAUGCAUGGAGAACAAACCUCUCUCCGAAUGGUUCCGGCCAUUGAUAUUUCUCGAAAGCACUCCGACGCUGCGAAAGCCUUGUGGAAUCGACUGCGUCUGCAAAUCCAAAUCCACCUCUGCUAGUAAAAGCAAAUCUACCACCACAAGCAAGAGCAGCAGCAAACGCAAAAGCAAACGCCGCUGCCUAACAACAGCCGCCGUCCGCGAGAGGGCGAUCCUCCUCCGCGCACGCGUGGAAAAAGGCAAGGAACUCGCAUCUGAGAUCGAGCGACGCAUGCAACGCGUGCCGGCCGUGCGCUUCCCGACACAUUUCUGUCAUACGUGUGUGCAGGAUGGGGAGAGUGUUGAGGUUCUGUUGACGACUUGUGGACAUCGGGUUUGCAGGACUUGUCUUGAGUUUGGGGUUGAUGAGCAGGGGGUUUAUUGUUGUAGUAUUUGUUUUGUGGUUACGGGGUUUGUGGCUCCCAGGGGGCGUGGGAUUGAGAGGGGACUGUCGGAGGGGAGUAUGAAGACUCCGAAGGAGGUUGGGAUGGGGAUUAAGAGGGAGGAAGGGGCUAGGUCUGUUUAG